AUGGCAGCGGCCGCCGCCGACUCCGAUCCCGCCGCAGCUGUGGCCGCCAUGUCCACCUGCGCCCACUGUCAGCGAGAGAUCCCAUCUUCGAACAUCGACUUGCAUUCAGUACAUUGCGCCCGUAACCUCCAAAAGUGCCAGCACUGUUGCGAAAUGAUUCCUAGGAAACUUAUGGAUGAACACUAUGAUGAAAACCAUGCCCCGAUCAAUUGCUCCCUUUGCAAAGAAACAAUAGAACGUGAGAGCUGGGAUCUUCAUAAAGGUGAAAAGUGCCCUCAAAGAAUUGUCGCUUGUGAAUAUUGCGAGUUUGAAUUGCCUGCAGUUGAUCUCCAUGAACAUCAGGAUGUAUGUGGAAACCGAACAGAACUCUGCCAAACAUGCAGAAAGUAUAUUAGAUUGCGUGAAUGGAUAGGGCACGAAACACAGUGCCAUACGAACUCAAAUGGUUCUGCAGACACAUCCAGGGCAAUUCCAGAGAGAGUACUACGACCGCCGCCGCCAGUGCGACUGGCACGACCAGCACGUCUUGCUCAUGCUUCACCACACAAGCGGCUCCUCUUCACAAUCGCUGUCACUGGAAUAGCAGUUAUGAUUGGCUCCAUACUGUUCCAAAGGGACGAGAAAGCUGGUGUGGGGCUGCUGUUUCCUCCACAGGCCAAGAUUGGCUGCGACAUGUGA